GCUAUCUGCAGCAGUUUCACUCCAUCCUUCCACACGGUUUAUGUUUCUCUUUCCAGAGCCACCAAGAAAUGGCCAAUCCGCUGCCUGUGGUAGCCCCGGAACAUUUGGAAAGCUUCACCCUGAGCAGAACAGGCUCAGGCUUCGCACUCAAAGCCUUUCACACUCCCUGGAACACUCACAUCUCUGUGAAGCUGCUGGGCAGCCAGGACACUACAGAGGGGGAGUGGAAGUUGCUACUUCAGGAUAUAGCAAGUGUCAGGUGUUAUGAGUCUGAACGCCUCCUGCCUCCUCUUGGGAUUUACCAGUGCCACGGACUUGUGGGGAUAGUGACUGAAUGGAUGAGCAAUGGAUCCCUGCACUUGCUCAUCCACGAGCACCAGCUGUACCCAGAACUCCCGUGUCCCAUCCUCCUAAGGAUCCUGGCAGACGUGGCUGAAGGUCUGCAUCACCUCCACAGCCUGGAACCUGCCUGCUGCCACUGCAGCCUGAAACCUUCCAACGUGCUUCUGGAUGUCCAGUUCAGAGCCAAGAUAACAGAUUUUGGUCUAACCAACUGGAGGAAACAGCAGCUGAGGUCAGACCUGCAGAAGCAGAGGAACUGCCAGGAUUUAGUGUACCUCCCUCCUGAAAUACUUGAAGGAGGCCCUCCUUCCCAGGAAGGGGAUAUUUACAGUUUUGGAAUAAUGUGCUGGGAGAGCCUAAGCAGACAGAAACCUUUUGGAGGUCAAACAACCCUGCUGGAAGUUCUGACAGGAAUCUGCCGCAGUUUGCGGCCUGGCCUUUCAGAAAAGUUUAUACCAAGCAAUUUUCCUGAGAGGAAUAGACUAUUGCACCUUAUUGCUCUGUGCUGGCAUCAAGAACCAGAUUCCAGACCACGUCCUGCAGAAUGUGUAGAUCUUCUAAAUGGAAUUCUGACUAGUAUAAGUAAGGAGGUAAUUUCCACAGCAGUCUACGAUCUGAUGGAUGCAAAGGAGAGAGCGCUUGAUGCCUGCAAAGGCUCAGAACCAUUCACACUGCACACAGGCACCUGCAAUUCUGAGAUCAUCUGUCCUCCAAAAAACAACCGCUUAAUCAGCAAGAAAAUUCCUUUUGUAGUGCCAAGCUCAUCAGCUGGUCUGCUUGAUAGCAGUGGAAAUAAUGAAGGAAGAGAGAAUAUUCUUGAGAUGGGUCUGUCAAAUACUAUCCCACAGAAUGCAAAAACAAGCAAAGAUCAUCCAGGCUCUGAGAGCAGAAAACCAAACUUCUUUGGGAAGAUUCCUUUAGCUGGUUCAACUGCAAACAAUCAAAGCAGCCAGGAUGUUGCCCCACCACCGGCUCUUAAGCACAGACCACAGCCAGUGCACCUCGGACAAGCAGUGACAGGUCGUUGCUGCAAAGGAAACUUCUGCCAAAUACUCACGUGCCAGAGGCAGACCAUACUGAGCUGCAUGACAGAAGGACGUCUCAACCACCUGCUGGACGUGCUUCGCUCGCAGCAGACGCUGUCCCGAACGGAUUACGAGACAAUCACCUCCCACCCCACAGUGACCGGGCGAGCUCGGGCACUGCUGGACACUUGUCUUUGCCUCGGAGAGAGGGCAGCACAAGGGGUGCUGACUGUGCUGUCAGUGAUCAAAUGUAGUCCUCUGCAUUAUCAGCAUUGCCCAGGCUGCCCUGCUAAGGUGAACAGGCUGCUGUUGUGA